CCUAUACAGUAGACUCGAAACUCGUUGCUCUCUUACUUGCUCCAUGACGCUCAAGAACGUGUACAUCGUGGCGGCCAAGCGCACUCCGUUCGGCAACUUUGGCGGAAAGCUUAAGGAUAUCACCGCUACAGACCUAUGUGCACACGCAGCCAAGGCGACACUAGCGGCGGCCAAGUUGGAUCCAGCGCUCGUGGACAUGGUGCAGGUGGGCAAUGUGGCGCCUACGUCUCCUGACGGCGCGUACAUUGCGCGCCACGUGCAGCUGAAGGCUGGCAUCCCACAGGAGAAGCCUGCGCUCACCAUCAACCGCUUGUGCGGCAGCGGCUUCCAGUCCGUCGUGGGUGGAGUGCAGGAGAUUUUACUGGGCGACGCCGAGAUCGCGCUCUGUGGUGGCGCUGAGAACAUGUCACAGAGUCCGCUGGCCGUCUACGGCCAUCAGGCCCGCUUCGGCGUGGGCCUGGGCGCUGGUCUGAAUCUACAGGACACGCUCUGGUCCGCUCUUACGGACUCAUACGCCAAGACGCCGAUGGGAAUGACGGCCGAGAACCUGGCUGAGAAGCACAAUAUCACACGUGAGGAGUGCGAUGCCUUCGGACUGCGCAGUCAGACACGCUGGGCCGAGGCGCAGGCCGCUGGAUGGUUCGACGCCGAGCUUGCGCCUCUAGAAGUCAAGGCAGGACGCAAGACGGAGGAGUUCGCAGUUGACGAGUCUCCUCGCACUGUGGACUUGGCCAAACUGGCUAAACUGAAGCCUGUGUUCAAGAAGGAUGGCGUUGUGACGGCAGGUAACGCGUCUGGCAUCUCGGAUGGUGCUGGAGCCGUGCUACUCGCUAGCGAGGAGGCUGUGAAGAAGCACAACUUGACGCCUUUGGCGCGUAUUGUGAGCUACCAGGUGUCCGGUGUGGACCCGACCAUCAUGGGCAUUGGCCCCGUGCCAGCUAUCACGGGCGCACUGAAGCGUGCGGGACUCAAGAAGUCGGACAUUGACAUUUAUGACAUCAACGAGGCCUUCGCUGCGCAGUGGCUGUCUUGCGUCAAGGAGCUGGAUAUCGACCCAGACAUUGUGAACCAGAGCGGCGGUGCAAUUGCACUUGGCCACCCGCUGGGCGCUUCGGGAAGCCGCAUCACGGCCCACCUGGCGCACGCUCUGCAACGCACAGGCAAGAAGUAUGCGGUGGGAUCGGCUUGUAUUGGAGGCGGCCAGGGUAUUGCGCUUGUGCUGGAGAACGCGGCAUAAAUUCUGAAUCGAAUGCGGAGGGUUUACCGGUACUUGCAAGAGAAAACAAAACGUUAAAAAAAACACAUUUAUAAGUGGAAGAGGACGUGACUAAGAAGAAAAAAUUGGGUCCUGAU